AUCGUCCAAUUCUCACAAAGUGCAUCCAAACCAACGAAAAGUGACGUCAUAAACACGCAAAACGUACAAGAGGCACUCACUCCAGUAAUGCCUAUUCUAAUCAGUUUAGUGUUCAAGUUCACAAAGUUCGCACGCAUUCGAACGAACCUCGAGCAACGACUCAAAAAGCACAUCUGCUACGAACAAUUCGUCGAGCGGCGUCCUAUCUGAAAAACAGGUUCUUCCUCAUCUUCUUCGGGAUCAUCCCUUGGAUUGAAGUCAGAGUUCUUCGUAAUACACAAGACCAGACUGAUCAACGGCCGAAUUAUGAGGAUGACAAUCGUCUUCAGUGUUGUGAUUUGCUGUGGUUGAGUCGGAAGCUUUUUUUUCGUUCAUACGAAGCGCAGUUGGGAAACAACGGGUGUUCAAUGUGGAUACUAAAUAGUCGACCAGCGUGGAAAUGCAUUGCACUGAUCUGGAUCUUCGCAACGUUAAUUACGCCUUCGAUGCAGCAAAUUAGUUCAUUCUUUCGAGACCGACGAAAAGUGUGCAACUAUUACGAGUGGAAAUGCGACAGUGGCCAGUGCAUUGAGUCGCACCAGUUAUGCGAUGGCGUAGUGGACUGCAAGGACAAAUCGGACGAAACGUCCAAGGCUUGUGCGUUCAUUCGGUGUCCCAGUUAUGCGUUUCGCUGCCAGUACGGAGGUUGUGUCGACGGAAAUGCCAUGUGUAAUGGCAUCAAGGAAUGCGCCGAUAGCUCCGAUGAACACCUACAUUGUCCUGGAUAUAGUGACGCGUUGAUCACCUCUGGAAAUUGCUCAAACACCGAGUUUCAAUGUCAAUCCGGGCAGUGCAUCCCAAGUGAUGGGGUUUGCGAUGGUCGAACGGACUGUGAUGACGAAUCGGAUGAACAGCAGAGAAUCUGCAGUCUCGUAUUUUGUCCAUCGUUCUCGUUCCGCUGUAGCUACGGAGCGUGCAUUGGUGGCUAUUCGAAGUGUGAUGGCGUCGUGGACUGCAGAGAUGGCUCCGAUGAGGAUGAGAUACUUUGUGGAAAGCCAUUCCCAUCCACCACGCCCAAAACGGUAAGCUCUACGACCACAACUACGACAACGACCACCUCGGCACCAAUUAUUCGAGGUCCUGUUGGAUCCUGUACGGUGCCCGCACAACCAGCGAAUGGACGAAUAGUGCUGGAUGAAACUGCUCAAAACGUUCUGAUCGGUACUGGGGAAUACAUCGAAAACUUCAACUCUGUCUUCGUUGUUUGCGAUGAUAAAUUUACCAUUAAAGGAACGGCUAGCAAUAUCUGUCUAGACGGGGAAUGGUUGGAUCCCUUUCCAAUUUGUGAACGUUACUGUUCGGAAGUCCCCAUCAACGGUAUAACCGUUCAGCCGAUUUGUGAAUAUCAGCGAAAGCAGAUUACCUGCAAAAGACCACUCCCUCCAACGACCAAAGUAAGGAUCGAUUGCAAAGUUGGUUAUCAGAAACCGUUGGGUCCGAUCAAUGAAACUCUUACGUGUAUCGACGGUUCUUGGGACAGUUCAGUGUUUCGAUGUGAGCCCACCUGUGGAACACCAACGCCAGAUGCUGAAGCAUACAUUAUUGGAGGUCGAAAUGCCACCAUAACGGAGGUCCCAUGGCAUACUGGAAUAUAUCGAAAUCUGGAAACAGACACCAUCGAAGAUCUUCGAUCAGAAGAUUGGCAAUAUAUUUGCGGUGGUACAAUCCUUACGGAACGUUUAGUAGUAUCCGCGGCGCACUGCUUCUGGGACGUUACGUCGUUCCAUGAUCUUCGUUCGUUCAUUGUAACCGCAGGAAAAUAUCGACGGCAGUUAAACGCAGUCGAGUCUCUUCCGGCACAAAUUCUGCGAGUGCGGGAGCUCAUUGCGCAGCCACAGUACCAAGACUUUUCCGGAUACUACAAUCUGGACAUUGCCAUAAUAGUGUUGAGCGAUUUCAUUGUGUUCAAAUCGUACGUAAGGCCGAUUUGUUUGGAGAGGGACUUGCGGACUGAGAGUGAAAAGCGAAUCAAACCGAACAGUUUGGGUCGAGUUGCUGGCUGGGGAUUGACUGUUUCCGGGGGUGAACUGAGCCCCAACUUGAAGGUAGUGGACAUUCCAACUGUGGAUUACUAUACGUGUCGGGAUUUUUCACCGGUGUCAUAUCGACCGUUUUUGACUGGGGAUAAAUUCUGCGCUGGAGAACCAAAAACAGGAACUAGUGUUUGCCAGGGUGACAGCGGCGGUGGUUUUGCCCUUGCCAAGGAAAUAUCCGGAGAAACCGUAUACUUCCUGUACGGUGUCGUCAGCUCGGCACCCCGAUCUGCCAGCGGCAGUUGCGACAACACCAAGUACGUUGCGUUCACCGAGGUGCAGAACUACAUUCCGAUGAUCCUGGAUGCCGAAAGUCGAUUCCCUGUGAUAUGAGGCAGUGAUAGAAAUAAAUGAAUGAUUUACACAGUGA